AUGUCAGGAACUCAGCCAGUUGCUCUCUAUGCGGCCAAGGUGCCUCCAGGCGCCCUUGUGCCUGCUGUCCCUGAUGCCGCCGCCAUGUUCCGUGUGACCAUGGCCGCAAUUGAUCCCGACGCGGUGCCGGAGUACGAGGAUGAGGCCCAGGCCAGCAAGCCCCCCCGAGCUACGCUGAAGAUCAUCCGCCCUCCUCCUGGUCUUGAUUAUGAUGACGACGAUGACGACGAGGAGGAUGACGAAGAUGAGGAGGAUGAUGAGUCCGACGAUGAGACCAAUGGCGGCCCGAGUGACCCGGCCAGAAAGAAGAAGGCCAUGCUUGAAGCUGCCUUGAAGGAUAUGGAUGACGGCAUGGAUGAAGACGAUGAUGAUGACGAGGAGGGGGAGACUGACCUCGCUGCUGCCAUUUCUAAACUAGUUAAGGGCAAGGGAAAGGCCAUGGAAGAUGAAGAUGAUAGUGACAGCGACGAGGAUUUGGAACUCGACGAAGUUGUCGUCUGCACACUUGACCCAGAGCGUAACUGCCAGCAGACUUUGGACUUUGUUGUAGGUGAAGGUGAGCGUGUCUUCUUCAAGGUCACUGGGACUCACACUGUCUACGUCACUGGAAACUAUGUGACUCCCCUCGAAAACAUGUAUGACAGUGAAGACGAGGACAAUGAUGAGGAUGAUGAGGAUGACUACGACCUCUCACCCGAUGAAGAUGAGCUAGCUGCCCUCGUGGGUGAUGAUGAUGAGAGUGACGAGCUAGAUGACAUGGCCAAUCCAAGAGUUAUGGAGAUCGACACCGAUGAGGAGGAGGAGGUCAAGGCUCAGACUCAGGCUAAGCAAUCCAAGAAGGAGAAGAAGGGCAAGAAGCGCCCCGCAGAUGAUUCAGAUGAGGAGCCAAACUUGGAUGACAUGAUCUCCAAGACCUUGAAGGACGAGCCUGCGACAAAUGGCGAGACUAAGUCGAGCAAGAAACAAAUGAAGAAACUAAAGAAGAACAAUGGCGAAGCUGCUGAGGCAGAGGCUGCUAAGGCCAACACCAAGUCUGACAAGAAAGUCCAGUUCGCGAAGGACCUGGAACAAGGCCCUACUCCAUCCAAGACAACCCAGACUGGCACUCUUGGAGUGAAGCAAGUACAAGGGGUUACUGUUGACGACAAGAAGCUUGGAACAGGCAAGCAGGUUAAGAAGGGUGAUCGAAUUGGCAUGAGAUACAUCGGAAAGCUAGAGAAUGGCAAAGUUUUCGACUCUAAUAAAUCCGGAAAGCCUUUCACUUGCAAGGUUGGAACGGGUGAAGUAAUCAAGGGCUGGGACAUUGGUAUUCCCGGCAUGGCUGUGGGCGGUGAGCGAAGACUCACUAUCCCAGCUCAUCUUGCCUAUGGAAAGAAAUCUCUUCCUGGAAUUCCCGCUAAUUCCAAACUCAUCUUCGACGUUAAGCUCCUGAGCAUCAAAUAA